UGUACAUCAAGAGAAAUCAAGAACUUGCAGCCCAUCCCCAAUUCCCCCCUCUCCUCUUGCUGUGAGCGUCGGAUGGCGGAGGUGGCCGCAGUUGGCUGGGGCAUAUCUGCUGUAGGUUGGGUCGUCUCACCGAUCAUCACCAAGAUCCUCAACAAAGGCUUCUCCUACCUCGGCUUUCAUGGAUCAGAGAAGCUGAAACAACUUCAGACUAAAGUUCUACAGCUGGAACUAGUGCUGGAAGCAGUUGAGGAGAGUCCUCACAGGGGCCGUUUGGAGGAAUGGUUGCAGCAGCUUAGGUCGGCUGUCUAUGAAGCUGAAGACAUCUUGGAUGAUAUUGAGUAUCACCGUCUUGAAAGGCAGAUCUCAUCUCAGCCUGAUGACAAUUUGGAGUCAAACGGCAGGCCUCCUCGUAGGAGGAAUUUGGUGUAGAUGCUCCAGUCUGCCCUACCGAAGAGCGUCCGCAUAAAAAACCAGGUAUUACUGUCCUGCUUGAGACCCUCUGAAGUCUGAAGGUGAACUUUGUUGUCAUAAUAUGCCAAUAUGUUUUGCCUGCUAUUAUUGCUCUUCUAUUUCUUAUCUAACUGUUGGUUGUAUCAUAAUACUAAAGCUUUGUAAUCUUUUACACCCUGGAAAGGAAACCCUUUUGUAAUUGAGCAUUUUUCUCAUCCUUGAGGAGAUACCAUGAGGUAUUAUAAGGUACGAGGUACCAUGAGGUACCGAUCUAA